CUGAAGUAAACUUUUUUUGCUCAGGUGAAGCCGGUGCCAUGUUGGAGGCGUCGCCGGGCAGGAACUUCUCCCACAGCAGCUUCGUGUUCAGAGGUUUCCCCGAGCUGCAGAAAUACCGGCGGCUGCUGGCGCUGCCGUUCUCCGUCUCCUACCUGGUGGUGCUGCUGGGGAACUGCGUGCUGGUGUACGUGAUCCGCAGAGUGGAGAGUUUGCACAGCCCCAUGUUCCUGCUGGUCUGCAUGCUCUGCGUGGUGGAUGUCCUUGUGGUUACCGCCAUCAUCCCCAACAUGCUGCUCGGCCUCCUCUUCGACUGGGACCAGAUCUCGCUGGCCGGCUGCCUGACUCAGAUGUUCUUCACUCACUUCCUCUCCUCGCUGGAGUCGACGCUGCUGCUGGCGAUGGCGCUAGACCGAUAUGUGGCCAUCUGCCGGCCGCUGCGCUACGCCGAAAUCGUCAACUCCUCCAUGUUUGUGAAGCUGCUGCUCUUCACUCUGGUCCGCAGCUGCUCCAUCAUGGCCACGCUGGUCGGCUUGGCGGGCUCGCUGUGGUUCUGCGGCUCCAACACGAUCCGGCACGGUUACUGCGACCACAUGGCGCUGGUCAGCCUGGCAUGUGACAGCACGGAGAAGAACAGCGCGGCAGGCCUGGCCGUCAUCAUCUGCUUCGUGGGUGUGGACAUCCCGCUCAUCUUCUUCUCCUACAUGAAGAUCUUGAGCGUGGUGCUGCGGGCGGCGGACGGCGAGGACCGCUGGAAGGCGUUCCACACCUGCGGCACUCACCUGAUGGUCAUGAUGUGUUUCUACCUGGUGGGCAGCGUCACGUUCCUCUCUCACAACCUCAACAUCUCCAUACCGACAGAUGCCAACACCUUCAUGGGACUCAUGUACAUCCUUUUCCCCGCCACGGUCAACCCCGUCAUCUACGGCAUGCGGACUAAAGAGAUACGGAACGGCUUCUUCAGGAUUUUUAAAGUGCGAGUGAAGAAAGCGAUGACAAUGAAGGUUUCUCCUGCUGGAAAAGGACAAACGAACUUUUAA